UUUAAGCUACAUGGGGCCCAUUUACUGUAAGAUGUUCUGAAAGUUGUCCCCCAAAACAAAAUGUAUAAUUAUUGUAUUUGUAUUUUCAAUAUAAAUCAAGUUGUAGGACAGGUGACCUUCUACUUUAUUCGAAUAGGUGAUUUUUAUUUCUAUACUGUAUCGAGUGGUAGCGACCGCUAGGUGUCGCAAUUGUAAAUGUUUCAUUUACUGGACUAGCGUCUUGUUUCUAUGGUAACGUGCAUACGGCCUGGGGUUGGAAAAUGUAACUUGUUUUACAGGUGACUAGCUAGAUAGGCUAUCCAAUGGCUGAGAACGUGGUUAUUGGAGCAUUAAAAGCAAAUUCAAAAUCGUUCAAUCUGAGCUCGAAGAAGUUAAAGCACGUUCCAAAAUCCGUUUCAAAUUUAACAAAUCUUUCAAUACUACAGCUAAGCAACAAUUGGCUCACAACGUUGCCUGUGGAACUACAGUCUUUGCAACACUUGACAGAAUUGAAUUUGGGAAAUAAUACUUUGGAGGAAAUUCCAUCUGUUGUGGGGCACUUGACCUCCUUGAGAAAACUCUACCUAUUUGGAAACAAAAUCACGUUAUUGCCUCCGGCUGUGUUAGGUGGACUCCCUAACUUGGUUAUUCUCAAUCUAAAUCAUAACUGCAUUCAGUUCUUGCCAUCAGCAAUAGACAGGCUGGUUAGACUUAAAACCCUCAGUGUGACGGACAACAGAUUGGAGGAGAUCCCUGUGGAGUUGUGCUCUCUUGAUACACUUGUGGAGAUCAACUUGACCAAUAACGAUUUGAUCCGAUUGCCGCAACAGCUCUACAACUUGUCACAUUUAUCUAGGUUAUACCUGGCCAGAAACAAGCUGAAAGAAUUACCAGAGGGUAUUGUAUCUUGGUCUAGUCUUAGAAUCCUGGAUGUGGCUGGCAACAAUUUAUCAAUGUUUCCUGUGGAUUUUCAGCUCAUGAACUUGAGGAAGCUGCACUGUGAAGACAACAACUUUGUGCCCUGUGAACCGAUUGAGUCUGUGCAAGAGGUGGAGGUGCUGUCAUUAAAGGAGCUGGCUGCUAGGUUGAUCCUGGUGGAGGACAGGGACCAGUUCUCCGUGGUCCACGAGGUCCUGCUCUGCCACCCCACCCUGGCCAGCACACUGCAGGGCUGGGGCCUCUGUGGCCUCUGCUCCCUGCCCUUCCUAACCACCUGGCUUGAGUGUGUCCAGUUCAUCAACCUCCACAAGGACAUGCGGAUAAGGAGUCACCAGACCAUUCCAGUCCGUGUGCUUCUAUGUUCUUAUAAGUGCUUCAACAAGAGUGGACACUCCUUCUAUGGUGUUGGCUCUGUAGAGAGAGAAGAUCAUUAAAAGCAAUCUGCAAAACGAUGACAUUUUACUUCAGAGCUGUAAAACGAUGUUUGUUUA